AUGGCAGCAGCCUCGAGAACAGCCAUGCUUCGGCAGACACAGCUUCUUUCUUCUAACAGACUCUUCUCACCCUCCACCCAACUGCCUCGUCUCCUCCGACCUUCUCCGUCCAUACCAUCACGGCAACCGCUGGCACCAAAAUGGCCAGCAGGCUCCCGAUUUGCACCAUUCUCGACGACCUCGCAGAGAAUGAUUCUUCCGCCAGGCCCCCAGGUCAUUGAAGGAGGAGUUAACCAGCCUGCACCCUUCCCGAAGAACGACCCUCUCCAUGGAAGCUAUCACUGGACGUUCGAACGAGUCUUGUCCGUCGGACUGGUGCCAUUGACAAUCACACCAUUUGCUACUGGGUCUUUGAGCCCUGCUCUAGAUGCUGCUCUAAUCUUUACUCUUAUAGUACACUCUCAUUUGGGUUUCCAAUCAGUCAUCAUUGAUUAUAUCCCCAUCAAGAGAUAUCCCACAGCGCGAAAGCUCUUCAUGUGGGCCCUGAACCUGGGCACUAUUGCUGUUGCGGUCGGCUUUUAUGAAUUUGAGACAAAUGAUGUGGGGGUCACCGAGGCCAUGAAGAGAUUAUGGAAGGCGUGA